AAUUGCAUCACUUUUGAUACAAGAAAAUCCGUUAAUCUUGGCAGAAAAUGAUACCGAAAAAGCUGGAGCUUUAUCGGAAUAUUUUAGUAGAGUGUUUUCUAUCACUAAUGAAGUACGACCAACGAUUCAUUAUGAUCGUAACGGCUCGCUGAUGGAUCCUGUGGUCAUUGAAAAAGGUACUGUUUUAAGGCUACUUCAGCAUAUCAAACCUGAUAAGUCCAGUGGUCGUGAUAAUAUUCAUCCUAGGAUUAUGAAAGCCAUAUCAGAUGUAAUUGCUGAACCUUUAGCGAUACUGUUUGGCAUGUCUCUAAAGCAGUGCAGACUGCCCAGAGACUGGAAAGACGCUAUAAUAAGUCCGGUGUAUAAGGCUGGGAGUAGGGAUUUAGUUAGUAACUAUAGAGCCGUUAGCUUAACUAGUGCAGUUGUAAAACUGAUGGAAAAAAUCAUUCGGAUAUCUGUUAUAAACUAUGUUGAAAGGCAUAAUCUUUUCUCCAGGGAACAACAUGGUUUUCGGAGAGGCCUAUCGUGCUUGACAAAUCUUCUCAUUGCAAGAGAAGAUUGGGCUGCUGCAAAAGAUCAGAAUAUUCCUGUAGAUGUGAUCUUCAUAGAUCUAAGUAAGGCUUUCGAUAAGGUCUCGCAUUGUGGUCUUAAAUUCAAACUGGAACGCUUCGGAAUCCAUUAUACAGUCGUAGAUUGGAUAAGUAACUUUCUCCAUGACAGGAGACAAAGGGUAAGGGUUAAUGGGGCUCUUUCAUCGUGGGUACCUUUAGAAAGUGGAGUUCCCCAAGGCACAAUCCUCGGUCCUCUUCUCUUUUUACUUUAUGUAAAUGAAUUACCAACUGUAGCAAAAUCAUCCGUUCUACUAUUCGCUGAUGACAUAAAAAUUUGGAGACCCAUACACAAUAUGUCGGAUAGAAUGGUAUUACAGAAUGAUCUUAGCUCACUGGUGGCAUGGUUAGACAGGUGGUCACUUGAAGUAAAUCCUAAUAAGAGUGUGGUGAUGCAAUUAAAUAACAAUGAUGAAUCGUAUCACUAUACAAUACGUGGAUUCGUACUACCCAAAGUAAGAAACUAUAAAGAUUUGGGAGUCAUAUUAAGUAGUGAUCUCAAAACCACUAGUCACUGUAAGGCUGCUGCUGCGAAAGGCUAUAGGGUAUUAUGGUCUGUUCGUAGGUCUUUUCAGUAUUUAGAUGAUGAAAUGUUUAGAUUACUAUACCCUAUUUAUGUGCGACCACAUUUAGAAUAUGGGAUUCAAGCAGCAAGUCCUUGUUUCAAGUAUGAAGCAGAUAUGCUAGAGCGAGUCCAACGACGAGGUACUAAGAUGGUACAAGGUCUAUCUGGACUAUCUUAUGAAGACAGGUUGAGACACCUCAACUUAUUUCCGUUAUCUUACCAUCGAAUACGGGGUGAUCUAAUAUUGGCUUAUCGUAUACUGAACGAUGACCUUGGUAUUAACAUGUCCUAUCUUUUACUUCCGUCUGGGACUGAUCGUUUGAGAGGACACUCGAAAAAAAAUUCAAAAACCGAGAUCAAAUCGUUUACGUCUGGAGUUUCGUUUCUCUCUUCGAGUAGUGAAUUAUUGGAAUUCUCUACCGGAACACGUAAUAUCAGCACCUUCUGUUGAUAUAUUCAAGACGAGAUUGGACCUCCAGAGUAUUACAAACUGCAAGGAUUAAUACAGGUCAAUAGACCUCCUAUCCUUAUUACUGAAGACUGAAGACUAAAGAUUAUGACUAGUCGGAUGAUAGUGGUUGUUGAUUGAAAUAACCAUUCAGUUCAUAGCGGACAUGUGUAACAAGUGAAAGCUAAUGAAGUAAGUGAUUUUAAUUUUAUUUCUGUUUUGUGUUUAACUAAAUUUAAUGAUGCAGAUAAUUGUGAACUUGAGACAGGUAGUUGCAAUUUGGACACCGAUGAUUUCCUCAAUAAUGAUGACUCUGUAGAUAAAUGCUGAUUUCAGAUAAGAGAAGAAAGCGAGAAUGAGAAUUUUGAACAAUUGAGAGGAUGUGACAAUUACAACCAUGAGAACAUUAUAGACACGUGGACAGACAAACAGUCUGUGUCAGUUGUGGUAACCGGACAAUAUAACUACUGUAC